AUGAAAAUACGGACACGAAUUGCUUGCUGGAACGUACGAACGCUGAGCGAGGAUAGCCGACUAGCUCAAGCAGGAGCAGAAAUGCUAAGAUACAAGCUGCAGAUACUCGGUCUCAGCGAAGUGCGCAGAAACGGAUUCGGAGAAUGGCGAAUGUCUGGAGGCCUUACAUUUCUUUACUCCGGGAAGGAAGACGAAGAAGAAGUACGUGAGAACGGCGUUGGAUUCCUCCUUUCUGACGCUGCGAAGAAGAGCCUCAGGGACUGGAAACCUAUCUCAGAGCGAAUCAUCACAUCUCGGUCUAACAGUAGGGCCCGCAAGAUAACCGUCGUUCAGUGUUACGCGCCUACAAACUUGGCGUCAGAAGAGGACAAGGACGAUUUCUAUAGUGCACUCAAUCUGACUAUAAAGAACAUUUGCAAACAAGACAUAGUGAUCGUCAUGGGGGACCUGAAUGCCAAGUACACUUGGAAUUCACCCGAUGGAGUCACCAAGAAUCAAAUCGACCGUCGUGGCGCGAAUAUCGAUGGCGAUCACGACCUUCUAGUUGCCAAGGUACGACUUAAAGUAGCUGUAACCCGGCCCACAAACACCACUCCCAAGUUUGAGAAACGGUUUGAGAUCAUCAAACUGCAGGACCCAGUCGUAGGUGAGGCCUUUAAGGUAUCACUACGAAAUCGCUUCUCCGCCCUUGAAGCGGACUAUUCAUCUGUCAACGCGGAGUGGAACUACAUCAAAAUGGCCUACACAGAGACCAGCUCCGUCGUUCUUGGUUACAAACGCCAUAGACGCGAGGACUGGAUGUCACAGAGAACCUGA